AUGUGUGACCGCUACCCAGGUUACCUGUUCGGAGGGACUCCGGUCAGCAGUUGGGAUAGAAGCUUUAACUCAUUAGAAAAUCAAAUUCAACAACAGUAUAGAGGUCGUGUGGGUGCCGGCGUUAGGUGUUGGGGCAGUAUGUCGGAAGGAGGUGGUAUAUCUUCCGCGGGCGGGGACACGGGGAGGACGAACCUGAUAGUCAACUACCUGCCGCAGACUAUGACGGAGAAGGAUCUAUAUGCCAUGUUCAUGACAAUAGGACCUAUCGAGAGCUGUCGUGUUAUGAAGGAUUUUAAGACUGGUUAUAGCUAUGGUUUUGGGUUUGUUAAUUUCACAAGGGAAGAGGACGCCGCAAGAGCUAUCGAUACAUUCAAUGGCUACCAACUUAGAAAUAAACGGUUAAAGGUUUCAUACGCCCGUCCAUCCGGUGACGACAUAAAGGAUACUAACCUAUACGUUACGAACUUGCCCCGCGCCAUCACCGAGGACCAGCUGGAGACGAUAUUCGGCAAAUAUGGAAGGAUAGUGCAAAAACAUAUCCUGAGGGAUAAGAGUAAUGGCAUACCGCGAGGUGUCGCUUUCGUUAGAUUCGAUAAGCGAGAAGAGGCUCAAGAGGCUAUAGCAGCUCUAAAUAAUGUCAUACCCGAAGGUGGGACGGAACCGCUCAGUGUUAAGGUAGCGGAAGAGCAUGGAAAACAGAAAGCUGCGUAUUACGCCGGAUGGGCGGCGGGAUUUCAUCACAAUAGGGGAGAUAUGCCAUUUGCCUGCGGUAACUGUAUGAUGCCUGAUUCCUGGGACGGUUUCACUGCUCCCCCACUACCGGGAAGCAAUCCAAAUACGCCAAGAAAUGGAUGCAGACCAGGCGUUUGCGUCAAUAACAGGAUGGGUUACCAACCUAAUUACCCCAAAAAUACCCCUAGAUCUGGUCGUGGCAGGAAUUUCCCAUGGGGUCAAGGGUUUGGGGGUGAUGAAAGGUUAAAAGGGCAGCGAUGUAGAAAUGGCACAGGGCCGUAUUGG